AUGGCAGGACCGAUUCGUCAACCGAUCGAUCUCCAAAGCCUCGAACGGUACAUCGAGCAACAUGUUCCCGAGAUCAAGACGCCGCUAGACGUCAAGCAGUUCGGCUAUGGUCAGUCCAAUCCAACUUACCUCCUCACUUCUCGCGACAAUGGAAACAAAUAUGUCAUGCGCAAGAAGCCUCCAGGACAGCUGCUCUCGAAGACGGCUCACCAAGUCGACCGAGAGUACCGCAUCAUCCACGCCCUCGAGAACACGCCGGUCCCAGUGCCGCGAGCGUUCUGCCUCUGCGAAGACGAUGCCGUAAUCGGCACGGCCUUCUACAUCAUGAGUUUCCUCAACGGCCGCAUCUUCGCCGACCCCGCUUUACCAGACGUAAGCGCAGAGCACAGGAGGGAGAUGUGGAAGAGCGCCGUCAAGACCUUGGCGACCUUCCACAGUGUGAAACCUGCCAGUGUAGGCUUGGAGAACUUUGGGAGGAUGAACAACUUCUACAACCGACAGCUGAAGACUUUCGCCACCAUCUCCGAGGCUCAGGCGAAGGCUGUGGAUGUCGAUACCAAGGUGCCUGUGGGUAAGAUCCCGCAUUACGACGAAAUGGUGGCAUUCUUCGGACGGGCGGAAACGCAGCCCAAGGAUCGGAGCACCUUCGUGCACGGAGACUAUAAGAUUGACAAUAUGGUCUUUCACCCCACAGAGCCGCACGUCAUUGGGAUACUGGACUGGGAGAUGGCCACGAUUGGCCACCCACUGUCAGACUUGACGAACCUGCUGAUGCCUUUCACGACUGCCAGCUCGCCGCUUGCAGCUUCGGCGGGAAGGGCAAACGAGGCUUUCGUGCCAGGCCAUACACCUGGCAUGCCGACUAAGGAAGAAUGUCUGGCAUGGUACGAGAGUGAGACAGGCUGGAAGAUAAUCCCGAGUGAGAUGGCUUGGGCGGAUGCGUUUGGCACCUAUAGAGGUAGUAUUAUCAUGCAGGGCAUUGCGGCACGAUACGCGCGGCGGCAGGCGAGCAGUGAGAAGGCGGGUGAUUAUGCGGCGCAGAUGAAGCCGUUUGGAGAGAUGGGAUGGAGGUUCGUCCAGGAGUGUAUGAAGAAGCUGGAAGGCGAGGGAAAGAAAGCGCGAUUAUAG